UAGCUGGGGUUGUGGCGAUUGUAGAACCAUUGUUGGAAGAUACUUUGGGCACUGGUUGGAUGUUCACUUUAAUAGUUUCUUUGGGAGUUAUUAGUACUUUUUUUGUAGGUUUGGUUUAUUUUAAAGGAAAAGAAUGGAGAGAAAAUAUGACCUCUUCCGGUCUAGAAAUGGGGAAAUCUCCUUAA